AUGGUGUGUCUGAGCCCUGAAUAUUUGGCCCUGGCCGCUCCCAUCCCGACGACAUACCGCUGGCUGCGCCGUCUGAGUUUUUUGCAGAAGCUGUGCAUGUCGGUGAUCAUCGGAAAUUACAUUAUCCACGGAGCUGGCAUGGCGGCCUGCAUUUACGUUGAUAGUUACUUUCGAGUCGUCUUGCAUUUGUCGAACGUCAGCGAACCAACUACAGAUUUGCCCAGUCACGUUGUUCGGCCACCCCAGCACGCAAUCAGCGUAGAGAUAGGAAACGGACUCUGGGUCUUCCACGAAAACAGAUUGGUAGCUGCUGGUGCUGAAACCAUAGAAGAUCCAACGGACGCGCACUUCGCCGCGGCGCGUUCACUCUGGGGUCUGUGCCGAAUUCGGUCAAUCCGUCCUGCCCCCAUAAUAAUGGGAAUAAUGCUCUCCCUGGGUAUUGGACUAGUGAUUCUGUUUACGAGUCUCCUAUGCGCCCUCUUUGAUAGACGGAGCUUCAUCACAGGUGGUCUUGCUGGAAGCUUUAGCGGACUUAUAGCCAAUAUACUGAUCGAACAUUGGGAAGCAGACAUGUUCGCAUGCAUGAAAUCUAUUACUGUGGGUAUGGAUGGAAAAACUCGAUUCGUGUUUGGAAGGAUAUUUCAUUAUACACCUGCCGGUCCUGGGCCAUGUGUUGCAAUACUGGCUUUCUGUAAUGCAUGCUUCGUUUCGCAAGUGAUAGCGUCAUUCUACAUGCUCUUCAAGAAUCCAAAACGUCUCUAG